CCGCCCCCACCCCGGUCUUAUUUUGCCCCCAUCAUGAUUAUUCUGAGCUCUGUAGAGCCAGGCGGCUCGUCAUAUUAACAUCACUGAAUCCGCCGAUAUGUCUCUGUAGCCGCCGCUGUUUCCACCCCAGACCCGCUGCUCUCCUCCCGCAGCUCUCUUGGAUGUUCCUCCGUCGUCGGAAUGUCAGCAUUCAUUCGGUAGCAUCAUGUGCUGAGGACAAAGUGAUGCCAUCAUCCCUGUGGUGACCACACAGAGAGGAACAGGGUCUGAUCAUGGGAGACAGAAGGAGGUCACCAUGUGCCGAAAUCUCCCCAAUUAUGCCCUCAUCUUCUUCUUCCUAGCCCUCUCUGGCCUCAUCUUCCUGCUGCGCAACAUCCUCACUGUGGAGGUAAGGAAAGAUGUUGGUUGGUAACUGAACUGCCGCACUGCUUCAGCCCUCUACCAGCUCCAGAGCAGGAUCCAGUCAUCCUUUAUCCCUACCAAUCUCCCCACAUUUAAUCACAACAGCACCUUCUGCGCCCAGCUGGGCCAGAAACCCUCCCCUGAAGAUGAGCUGGAGGAGCGUUACCUGUUGGACUCUAUUUCGUGGCCUGGCCCCCUGCCUCGCUCACACCCCGCCCUGCGGUUGACCAGUGACCCCGUGCACAGCUUGUUUGCCAUCUUCCAUCUAGGAGGGAGAGAAUGGCAUGUGGGUGAGCAGCUGGAGGUCCUCGUCCAAAUGCACGACUACCAGGGUCGACCCAAGCACUACGGCGGGGAUUUCAUAUUGGCCAGGCUUCACACCCCAGAGCUUGAAGCAGGUGUAGCAGGUCAGGUGCUGGACCACAAGAAUGGAUUCUACUCUGCUCUGUUCCCGCUCCUCUGGGUGGGGUCUGCACAAGUGGAGAUAACCCUGGUGCAUUCGAGCGAGGCUGUGGGUGUGCUGCGACGGUUGAGAGAAGAACGGCCCGACCGAGUGUAUUUUAAGAGCCUGUUCCGCCUCGGUUUCCUGUCUGAAACUACUUUGUGCAACAUGUCUCCCCCUGACCAGCAACCUCUGUGCAACUACACAGACCUUUACACGGGGGAGCCAUGGUACUGCUACAAGCCGAAGAUGCUCAGCUGUGACACCAGAAUUAACCAUGCCAAAGGAGGCUAUCUGAAACACCUCAUCACCAACAGGGAAGCGCUGCUCUUUCAGAGUGGUGUAAACAUCAAAGUUCCUAUACACGCUUCAGGAGCUGACAGAAUCAAGGUGCUGCCUCCCAGGGAAGACACAAUGUUUGAAGAAAGCAGCAGUGCAAAGCCAGAUCUCUUCAAGCCAGGAGCUUCUGGAUAUUACUACGAGGAUUCAUGGCGGCCAUUAGGGGGCCUGCCGAUGCGUCGGUUCAAUGAAUCAUCUGCCAUCACUCAUUGUUUAAAGAACAAAGUCAUCAACAUGUACGGAGACUCGACUGUGAGGCAGUGGUUUGAGUACCUCAUCACUUCAGUGCCAGAAUUAAGUGAAUUCAACCUGCACAGUCCUAAGAAUGUUGGGCCUUCUUGGCGGUUGACAGCAACCCACAAUAUUCUCUUGAAGUACCGAUGCCACGGGCCCCCAAUCCGAUUCUCCACCGUCAUAGCCAGCGAGUUGCGGUACAUUUCAAACGAGCUGGACGGCCUUGCCGGGGGUCCUGACACCGUUGUGGUCCUCAGCAUUUGGGCCCAUUUCAGCACCUUUCCCGUGGAGGUGUACAUACGGCGGCUCCGUCACAUCAGACGGGCUGUGUUAAGACUUCUGGACAGAGCACCAGGCACAACGGUUGUGAUCCGAUCUGCUAACCUGCAGGCUCUGGAUCAGGAGGUGAGCCUGUACAACAGCGACUGGUUCUCCCUGCAGCUGGACGAGGUGCUCAGGGCCAUGUUCAAGGGACUGAACGUUAUGCUGGUGGAUGCUUGGCAGAUGAGUGCAGCCCCACCACUCCCACACGCCCUCCACCCACCUCCUAGUAUUGUUAAGAACAUGAUAGAUGUGCUUUUGUAUAUUUGCCCUGAGAAGAAAAAAAGCCAAAAGACAUAGAAGAGCAGUGAUGUGAAGUGGACCCUAAUGUUACAGAAAUGUCCUCAUUGAGCUAACCUUUUAGUUCCUCUGUUCACAAUACCAGCACAGGUAAAGCUGUGUUAAAAAUGGAAGUAUGCUCUCAAGCUGCCAAACCCUUUAAAUACCAUCUGUACUGAGAGACGUGCCAAACUGUUAUGGAGCAAGCAGCAAAGCACAAGACACAGGUGUCAUUUUUAAAGAAAAGUGGGUUUUAUUUUACCCAAAAUUAGGCGAACCAAUUCACAAGCCAAAAUUAUAAGAACUAGGCCUAUAACGGAGGUCAAUGUAACAUAACUCAAUUAACACAAUAAAAAAGGUUGUGAACUAACAAACAGACCAAACUUUAUUUAACCAGGCUGUCCCAUUGAGAUCAAAGUUUUCUUUUUCAAGGGAGACCGGCCAAGACAGUCAGCAGCAACAAAACUCAAAGUAACAGACAUAGACACACAGAGAACCGAAGUACACUUAACAAGCACAUUUGUUGCAGAUAGAGCUGUCACUAGGAGGAAGUUGUAACAAGAUACACUAAAACAACAAUAUUCUAAAGAUUCAGCUUCAAGGCCUUUGAUUUCUCAAUAUCUUCAAAUUGCCGCGUUAGAAAAAAUUCACCCCCUGUACAGUGUGUGAGAUAUCCAGACUACACUCGUCUUUUGUACAG